AUGUUUUUCUCGCGUGAUGGAUGUGAAAUCCGCUCCUUUACCGCCUUAUCCGACAAAGUCUGGCCUGUUCCAAUCCCCUCGUGGAAGGUGGUGGAGCCUUUCGACAUCCCAAUUCCAGUCACUUGGGACGAAAUUGUUCCUUCGCAGUCACUGGAGUACCACAAUUGCGGCGAUGAGUUCCAAUGCGCGAGACUGGAAGUGCCUAUGGACUAUGAGCGAACAGAUGGAAAAGGUCGCACAUUCGCCCUGGCUAUCGUCCGAUUGCCGGCCAAGGUCCCCGUCACAGAUCCGCGGUACGGAGGCGCUGUUCUGAUCAAUCCCGGUGGACCUGGUGGACCGGGAACAAUGCAGGCGUUCGUGGCGGGUCGAAAUCUCCAACUGAUCAUUGAUGCGGAAGCCGACCCACAUGAGGCUGGAGAAGAGACUGGGAACAAAUAUUUUGAUAUUAUCGGAUUUGAUCCUCGUGGAGUAGGAUCUACAACACCUCCAGUGAUGUGUUUCCCUGAUCCCGUAUCCCAAAGGAACUGGGAGUUGCAAGUCUCAGCGGAAGGGAUGCUGGGAAGUGGACUGGAUUCCUUACAGAGAAACUGGCAACGGACCGAAGCGCUCAACUCAGGUUGUUCCGUAUUCGAUAUGUCGAGUCUAGGAGCAGACGAGUCCGUGAUGUCUUAUGUCAAUACACCACUUGUCGCGCAGGACAUGCUGACUAUCAUUGAGCGCCAUGGAGAAUGGCGUGAGAAGGUGGGCCAAAGAGCCCACAUAACCCACAGAAAGUGCCAUGGACUAGAAGAAGCAAACCAAAUAUUGGAGCGGAUUAGAUGGCGUCGCGGAGAAGAGCCACUCCUCUAUUGGGGUCGCUCAUACGGUACCCUGCUUGGCACCACCUUUGCCUCGCUCUUCCCGGAGCGAGUUACACGAGCUGUUCUCGAUGGCGUAGUCGACAUGGUGAAGUACUACCAAGGAACAGGGCCGAAUGUUGUUGCUGACGCAGAUGCCAUAUUUGAUCGGUUUGGCCGGUACUGUAAUGAGGCCGGGCCCGUGGGAUGUCCCUUCUAUAUUGGGGGUGGUCCAGAGGCUAUCAAGGCAGCAUACCGGCAGCUUGAGCAGCAGAUUCUCAACGCCUCAAUUCCUGUCAUGGCAUCUACAGAACGGGGACCAGAGGUUGUAACGUGGACGGACAUCAAAAAUAUCCAGCGUGUUGCCAUCUACCAGCCACUCAUUGCAUUCCCCGUCCUAGCAGACAGAAUGACCGAGCUGGGCAAGGGGAAUGCCGUUCCCAUGGCCGAUUUCAAGCAUGGGAGCCACUUCGGCACGUGUCCGUCUAACAAGUGCAGUAUUGCUGGGCCUUGGUCUCCGGAAUGUGCUACGACGCAGGAUAAUUAUCUCUACGCUAUGGCUGCUAUCAUGUGCUCGGAUGCCGAACAUUUAACAACUCUGAAUAUUGAGCAAUUCCAGGUAGAAUGGUCUAGUCUUCUGGCUGACAGUGAAUCUCUCGGUGAUUAUUGGGCGCAAUUGCAAUUGAGCUGUGUUGGAUGGAAAGCCAGGGCUAAGCACCCUUUCGCGGGGCCGUGGGGUACUACUACUGUUCAUCCCAUGCUCUUCGUAUCAAACACUCUGGAUCCAGUGACUCCACUCCACGGUGCCAAACACAUGUCCCAGAUAUUCGCAGGAUCCGGGCUGCUCCAGCAAGAAUCAGAGGGACACACAACACUCACAGCGCCAUCAAUAUGCGUGGCAAAGGCUAUUCGCCAUUACUUUCAAACUGGUACACUACCAGUGGGGGGAACUCUUUGUCAAGCUGACCUCAAGCCAUUGGUUGGAUCUCCGCAUCAUCGCGACACGGUCAGCCAAACCUUCAGCACAGCCGACCGAAAACUGUUCGAGGUGUUGAUGGCCGAGAUCAAGGUCUAUCUCCUAGAUCUAACGCUCACGAUUUGA